UGGCAACCCCCUCCAGUAUUCUUGCCUGGGAAACCCCAUGGACAGAGGAGUCUGGAUGGCUGGCUGACAUUCUGGGAUGUGGCCAUAGACUUCACUCAGGAGGAAUGGGAAACCCUGGACCUCGGUCAGCGGGAAUUGUACACGGAUGUGAUGUUAGAGAACUACGGGAACCUGGCCUCCUUGGGGCUUGUCUCUAAGCUGGACCUGGUCGCCUUGCUGGAGCAAUUGAAGUAUCCCAGGAAUAUAAGGAGAAUGGAGACAACAGCCAUUUACCCAGCCUUGUCUCCACAAGACACCCAGGAUUUGAUGCCGAAGAAUCCAGCAUUAGAAGAUGUGUUCCCAAAAGCAAACCUAGGAAUAUAUCACAUAUUUCACCUCAGAAACUUAAAUUUAAGGAAAGUCUGGGAAUGUACAUGGACAAUUCUGAACAUAGGCUUCGACUAA